UGGAAUUUCGGAAAUUAGUUUCGGGAAUUUCAAAACGGGACUUUUAAUGAAUUGGGCCAAGAAAAAUGUAACACAAAAAAAUUGAGCCCAAGUGUAAGGGGUGGCCGGCCAAGGCUUGGCCCAAGCCCCAUUUUAAGUGGUCAUGUGAUUAACACAUGACCCUUAAUCAAGUAUAUAGCAUCCUUAGCCAUUAGAAUGUUCAAGAAACAAAAAAUUAAAACCAUUGAGCUCAAAAAAAAGUCUCUCGGCCGAAACCCCAUAGAAGAGAAAAGAAAAUUUUUUCUAGCCUUGUCUUAAUCCUAAAAAUCGUGUCCUUAUUGUAGUUAUAGCAAGCGCGAGGCGCUCUUCAACGUGAUACAAUUUAUUUGGAGGAAGAAUUACGUUUGCGGCAAGUCGGAUUUUCAAGAAAAGAUUUUGGACGAAACGGGAGUUGAUUUUAAGGAGAGCAUAAGACGUCUAUAAGGUGCAGAUAUUGGCGAUCCUCCACUGUAGGCUUCACUCUUUACUACUUCGGAGUAUUCCUUCUUGACUCGGAGUCCAUUUUUGGUACAGACUUCUUUUGCUAUGUAUAUAUUCUGUACAUUUGACUAUUUGGGUACGGCGGGGCCCUGUCCCGCCAUAUGGUUUUGUCGGUCAGUUUAGAGGUCUGUGGACAGGUCUGUGGGUUAUGGUCUUUCUGUAUGGUUAUGUGAACAUGUCGUUGGGCGAUCCCAUAUUCCGAAGCGGCCAGUCCGCAUGUUUUGUUUAGGCGAUCCUAUACGCCGAGGCGGACAGUCCGCAUUUGAUAUAUAUAUAUAUAUAUAUAUAUAUAUAUUGCUUUGUUAGCCCUAAGUGGCUUUUGCUGGUAUUUUCUGCGUGCAGGGUAUAUUGGGUAGUCCGUAAAACAAAGGAAACUCUGCCGAAAUUUUUUUCCUGGAAAUGAUCUAAACCUGUAUAUGCAGCCUUACUGGCCCUCGGCUAUUUGUUUGUAUGUAAUUGGAAUAUGUAACCUGGUCUGAGUGCCCAAGUAGGGUGCCAGUCGCGGCCCACGGGGCUGGGUCGUGACAAAAGUGGUAUCAGAGCGGUUUGUCCUCGGAAUGUCUACAGGCCGUGUCUCGUAGAGUCUUGUUUAUCGGUGUGUUGUGCACCACAUCUAUAAACAGGAGGCUACAGGACAUUUAGGAUGUUACCUUUCUUUGAAAUCUUAGAUCGUGCGAUAGAGUUGUGCUAUUAGGAUGAUUCUGAUCUAAUUCGUUAUUGUGUUUGCAGUGAUGCCUCCGAAAAAGGCAACGGCGGCCCAGUAGGGUAAGACGAAGGUGGGAGAGACUAGUCGGGCGCCGAGGGUUACCGUUACCCGAGCUCGAGCCCAGACUAUGCCCGGUAUUACACUUCAGUCAGAGGGAUCCGCUACACCACCGGCGGAGCCUGGAGCAGGUCCCUCAGCAGCUCCAGCGACUCCAGCGCCCGCACCUCCAGCUCCUCAGUCAGGGGCGGAUGACAGGACAUUGAGAGAGGCUGUGCAGUUACUGACUACCCUGGUAGCGGGACAGGCUCAGAGACGCGGGCGGAGAGAUGAUGAUGAUGAUGGCAGGCGGGACAGCCUAAGAGUACGGGAGUUCUUAUUAUGUGGCCCUCCAGAGUUUUCCGGGUCUAAGCCCGACGAGGACCCCCAUGACUUUAUUAGGGGGAUGCGACGCUCAGUAGAUUUGGUCAGGGCUUCAGAUACCGAUUCUGUUGAGCUAGCUUCACAUAGACUACGGGACGUUGCUGCUCACUGGUACGAGUCUUGGGAGCUAUCCAGGGGCCGGGGUGCUUCCCCAGCCACUUGGGAUGAGUUUGAGGCUGCUUUUCUCAGCCACUUUUUGCCUCCAGAGUUGCGGAGGGCGAGAGUGGAUAGAUUUUUGCAGAUACGACAGAGGGGCCGGAGUGUUCGUGAGUAUAAUUUGGAGUUUGAUUCUCUGGCCCGAUAUGCUCCGGCUAUAGUGGCAGAUAUGGCUGACCGGAUGCACCGAUAUGUGAUCGGGCUGGAUCGCUACUUAAUUGAGUCCUGCAUGUCGAUGGCAUCACGGACGGAUAUGGAUAUCGCCAGAUUACAGGCUUAUGCUCAGGGGAUGGAGGACAGGUACCGAGCAGAUCAGUCCACCAGAGAUCGUGACAGGAGGCCGCCCAAGAGGGCUAGGUCCGCAGGUUAUUCCGGGGAUUCUCGAGGCGGACAGCCUCAGCAGCGGCAGUCAGGCAGACAGCUACCUCCGUCCAGCCAGAGUACUCAGUCAGGCAGCCGGAGAUUUGAUAGUGCGGGACCGUCUGGGGCCGGUCAGAGCUCCAGAGCGGCAGGUACGCAGGUAUCCAGAGGCCCCAGCCAGCCCAGAUCACCUAGACCCCAUUGUUCUCACUGCGGGAAGUCACAUCCAGGGGAGUGCUAUAGGGCUACAGGAGCUUGUUUUUCGUGUGGUGGUCAGGGCCAUUUUAUGAGACAUUGUCCGUUGGCCAGCGGUUCUGGUAGUGUGGCUCAGCCGACAGGGUCAGCCGCCGGUUCAUCAUCUGCUCCAUCAGUUGCACGCCCUGCGGGGUGAGGUAUUCCAGCUCCGGCGGGACGCGGUCGAGGUCGAGGCAGCGCUUCAGGUUCUAGCGGUCCCUCGAACCGCAUAUAUGCUUUGGCCAGCCGCCAGGAUCAGGAGGCUUCGCCAAACGUCAUCACAGGUACAUUAAUGGUUUUCUCCAGAUCUGUAUAUGCAUUGAUUGACCCUGGUUCUACUUUAUCAUAUAUUUCCCCGCUCGUUGCUAGUAAAAUUGGGAUAGUGCCCGAGCCUAUAGAGCCAUUUGAGGUAGCUACGCCGGUUGGGGAUUAUGUUAUAGCGAGGCAGGUUUAUAGGGAUUGUCCUGUGACUAUAUAUGAUCGUUGCACUAAGGCUGAUUUGGUGGAAUUAGAUAUGCUGGAGUUCGAUGUUAUUAUGGGUAUGGACUGGUUAGCUUCCUGUUAUGCUAAUGUUGACUGCCAGAAAAAGGUAGUCCGUUUUCAGUUUCCAGGGGAACCAGUUAUAGAGUGGUUCGGAUCUACAGCAUCGCCGAGGGGUAAGUUUAUUUCAUACCCCAAGGCUAAGAAGAUGAUCCAGAAGGGUUAUAUCUAUCAUUUGGUUCGUGUGCACGAUACUGCAGCUGAGAUACCUACCCUUCAGUCUGUUCCGGUCGUCAGUGAGUUUCCAUAUGUAUUUCCUGACGAGCUUCCUGGCC